UAACUUGUAAUUAAAUAUUUAAAAAGCUAACUUACUUUUACUGAACAAUGGGGUGUAAGACAUCAAGAUCCACCAGAAGUGUUAAUAUCAAGACAAAACUUCUUUGCAGAAAGAUCCAGCAGCUACUGGACACUGUCUAUGAUGAUGAAACUCAAGAGCUCAAGUACAAAAAUAUUCAUGAAUUUUGGGAGAAGCUUAAAAAUGACACAGUAUUAAAGAAGAAAAAGAAAAAUACUGAAGCUCGUCUUGCAGCUUUUUAUUCAUUCAGAUUUGCAAACUCUGAGAUGAAAAUCAGCCACUUGCUAAUAGUCCAUUUGAAAGAGGAGCAUAUGAUAGAGCUUAUGAGGAAAGAUAAUGCCUUGCAGGACUCUAUUAAAAAUGAUCUCGAUUCUGAGGGGAAUACGUGUGGACAUAUCGCUCUAAUGUAUAACAAACAGAAAGUCCUCUCCGAAUUAUUCAAACUCAGUCCAAAUUUGGCAGUCAUUGAGAAUAAAAAAGGCCAGUGUAUAACUGAAAUGGGUGAAAGAUUCAGAAGAACCUUCACGGAUUCGAAGCUAUUGGCCAGAAUGGUAACCUUCCAUUCCGAUCACAUGAGGCAGAGUCUGCUUUCAGAAUCAUUAGACUCCGAUAUCUUGACAGACAGUUUGGCAAUUGAUUAGAGUCUUGACCAAACACACUUUAG